AUGACUUCAAGACAAGAUAUAUCAUUGAAUUUCAUCGAAACGUUUGUAAUUAGUAGUGUUACAGCUGUGGCGGCGAGAACGUUGAUCACUCCGGUUGAUCGUUACCAUACAAAGAAUGAAAUUAAACGUAUGUUCAAACAGAACAGCAACGAUUCAUAUUCGAAAAUUUUCUUGGAAAAUUUCGUUAGUGGUAGCAUUGCCGGUGCAUUGUCUGUAUGUAUUUUGUACUCGUUGGAUAAUGCUCGACAGCAUGUAUAUAAAGAUAUUAGGACUGGUAAAAUCAGAAGGGAGAAAGGGCAAUUAUAUCGCAUUAUGAAUGCGUACAAAAAUAUAUUAGCUACGGAUGGCAUAGGUGGUCUCUAUCGUGAUUUUCUUAUUGUCUGCGUGCAUGAUGUUAUUUAUCGUGGAUGCUAUUUCGGUUUCUAUGAUACAUUGAAGCCAAUUUUACUUGGACAAAACCCGAGCUUCUUUCUCUCGUUUAUACUUGGUUAUAGUGUCACCCUGGUAUCGCACUUAGUCUCCUAUCCAGUCGAUACUGUCCGAAGACGUAUGCGUUGGGACAAAAUUCGCAGUUCUCGACAGUAUACAAGUCAUGUGAAUUGCCUGUUUCAAAUUAUACGCAAUGAACAUAUUUCAAGUUUAUUCAGAGGAGCUAAUACUUGGAUUAUCAGAAGCAUUCCGAGCGCCGGUUUUCUGGCAGGAUUCGAUCUUUUUGCCAAGAUUUAUCUCAAUAUUAAAGACAGUCGCAGUUAG